UUUUGAUUUGUGCCUUCAUGAAGAGAAAUCAAAGAUAUUCACGAAAGGAUGAACUAGUACGCAUAUACCCGUAAUAAUAUUUAAUUUGUGGGAAAGUCUUAAUAUACCUUACACCUUGCCAUUGUUAUCUCUAAAAAAGUAAUGAGUCAAAGUCAAUAUUCUGUCAAAAGUGUCAAAUUCUAGCAGUGGAUGGACGGAAAAUUGGUUUUUUCGAGUCCUCCACAAAGGCAUUUUAAUUUUAUUUCUUUCUGUGCAAUUUAUUUACGUAUUAUCUAGAAAGCUAUUUAAUGUACCUAAAGAUUUAAAACAUUUAUUGUUGUGAUAAGUAGCAUUAAUAGAAAAGUAAAAGUAUAAUUUCUAUCAUUUGUGUGGGUCUCUGUCAGUGUUAUUGAUUUCUUUUUAAUCUAAAGAGUUUGAAAAUUAUGUAGACAUGACUAAAUAUUACAAGACCAAGUGAAUCCUGAACGAACGAUGAUAAUAUUUGGAUGGAGUUUACAAUAAUGUACUCUCAACAUGAAAACUAAAAGCUUUCUUCUAUUUUCGACCUCUGUUUUUGCUAUUAGUAUUUUUCUGAUAGUGUUCCACUCACAACCGCCGCAGUCGAUCCAGAGUAUUGUGACCCAAACACACCAACACAUCAAAGACUUUCAGGUGUCGGUGUCGCCACAGGAGAGCCUGCGCGAUGUGGAGGGCAGCCACCUGGUGCAGGAGGAGCGCUACCUGCGCGCCGCCGGGCUGCGCGCGCGCGCCCCCGCCGCCGCCGCGCCCGCGCUCGUCACCUACGCGCGCCAGGACCACGCGCUCGCCGUCAGCUUCGUGCGCCACGCCGCCGCGCUGCCCUACCCCGUGCUGGUCUACAACCUGGGCCUCAAGCCCUACUCUCUGGCCGUGCUGUCGAGCUUCUGCAACUCGUCGAAGUGCUCCGUCGUGGACUUCGACCUGGCCGCCUUCCCCUCGCACGUCAGCGACGAGAGCAUCCACGCCUUCCGCCCGCUCAUCAUACAGCACGCGCUGAGCCGCACGGGCGGCGUGGUGUUCAGCGACAGCGGGCUGGAGUGGGCGGGCGACGCGGCCGCGCUGGCGGCGCUGUGGGCGCGCGCGGCGGGCGGGGCGGGCGCGGGCGGCGGGCUGCUGGCGUGGCCGCGGCGCGCCGCCGUGACGUCACUCACGCACCCGCGCAUGUUCCGCUACCUGCGCGCGCGCCCCGACGACUUCCUGUUCGUGCAGAUGGUGGAGGCCGAGCGGCUCGUGCUGGCCGCGCGCCCGCCCGUGCCCGACGUCAUGCGCCUGUGGGUGCAGUGCGCGCUCACGCUCGACUGCAUCAUGCCCAUAGGCGCUCAAUCGGGCGGAUGCCGGUUCGACAAGAAGCCGCAGUACCGGUACUCGGGCUGCCACGGGCAGGACGCGUCGGCGCUCAGCAUCAUCCUCGGGCUGCAGUACGGCUUCGAGGAGGCCGCGUACGCCGUGCGCGCGCGCUCGCCGUGGCGCCGCGUGACGUCGGCCGCCGCGCACGCCGCGCUGGCCGCGCUGCAGGCCAACCUCACCGCGUCCACGCCGCCGCCCACCGAGCGCCCCGCCACAGAGCCCUAGCCCCCGCCCCGCCCCGCCCCGCCCCGGCGACGCUUAGAGUCGCGAGGGCACCCGUUGUAUUAAAAAAACCUCGCCCGCCUCGAUGAGGUGGGCGAUCGCCGUGAUCGUUUGACGCGUUUCGCUUCCUCCAUCGCGAAGUAUUAAAAAAAUACCUCCCGCGCUUGAGUUUUUGACGCGGUGAUCGAACGUUUUAAGUUCCGAGAGUUGUAAUCUUUUUCGAAACCCAGUUUGCGCGUCGGCCGAAUGUUAUGUCGCGGGGAAAUGAACCGCUUUAAAUCGCGGGAGGACCGAACCGACGCAUCGGAGACGAUCGAUACGAUUGUCGCGUGCGUUCGUCGCGUCUUGGCGUAAGAAAGGAAAUGUUUUCGGAGUGUAGGUUAACUGCAGUUAGCUAUAUUUUAUUAACUCGAGUUAACAUUUUAAGGCUAGUGCGAUUAUGUGAACUAGGCAGCUCUAAAGACGAUCGGAUCAAUACGUAAUGUUACAUCUUAGAAAUAUGAUUGUAUUUCGGGCACAUUAUCGUACCCGUCGAGACGUAAGACGAGUUCUCGUAUCUGCAGAUAUUUGAGCAUGGUCUAAAAUUAUCCUACUUAUCCGCUAUGAGCGGAGUUUAUUUAUUAUCUAUUUAUUGAUUGGAAUUAAAUUAAUUAAUUUGCUUUAUAAUAUUGCUGGGACGCAUUGUUCUAAAGUCGCUGGGAAUGUUUUUAUACUUCAGCAAGUGCUCACUGACCGGGUGAAUGAUUCAACAUUGCACUCGAUGCACUUGUUUUCCCUUUCAAAUGAUAAUACUUUUCUGUUUGUUUCUGUUGUGAUAGUUUUCACUUUAAUAAUUAUUAAAAACUCCACAAUUUUGGUGUAAAAUGUUGUGUCGCAUUAGAACCAAUUUACAUCAAUAUUUAUUAUUUUAACGCCCCCACUCUUGGGUUGCAAGUUAUACUACCUAACUGUUCAGUUAGGUCAUCACAUUAUUUAUGACCGCAUCCACAUCGGAUACUGGCGCGAAGCGACGCACGCGCGGUCUUGGGAUAAUGUCAAUUGAGAGACGCGGCGCGCGCGCAGUGUGGCGCGUGGCUGCUCCGUCGACUGUGUACUAGAUUUAUUGUGUAUUUUCUAAUUAUUGUUUACGCUACGAAUUUUUUCCAUGCGGAAUUUCGUAAUCUUGUAUUUUAUUGAUAGUUUUUCGGCAGGCCGUUAAACAGUGAUACUCGAUGGUAUUUUAUAAUUUAAGUCGAUCACAAAGUACGUACGGAUGUGAUUCAUUUUGCCUUUAAGGUUCGCUUUUUGUGAUUUUCGAAUUAUGUCGAAUGAUACAAUUGAAACAAAUAGAUCCAGUGUCCAUAAUAAUUAAUUUAUAAUAAUGUAAGUAUGCACAAUGCGACGUGCAUCACGAGCUUGCGUUUGUACAUAGGCACCGUUGCUGGCAUGCGCAUGCGUCAACCUUUAGUUUGUGCAGCCACGACUGCGAGGUUGUGAAUUUGAUAUCAAAAGGAAUAACAAUUCGUGUAAUUAGUUUGUGAAGUACAAUGUGAUAUACUUAAGACUUAGCGUUAGUUUGUGUGUUACGUGCGACCAUAUCAGUUUCUUCACUUGGUAAAAAAAUCCACGCAUUUUAUCGUUUACUGUAAAGGAGUGAUUUGUUGUGUCGGAUUCGCCCCUUAUGAGAUAAAAAAAUAAUUUUAAAAACUUUAAAAAGCAAUAAUUUACAAGCACAAUACCUAUUAUCUCGUAGAUAGGGGAAUCCAUCAUCAAAGCACAUUUCGAAUUGUAAUCGGUCGCACGCCGCAGUAUCCACAAU